AUGGAUUAUUUGAGCCUCGAGGAACUUGUGCGACAACUUUCUGACCUUGAAGUGGCGCUGCUUUUGUCUUUGGUCGCGUAUGAACAUUGCUUGAUCGAGACUACGGGCGACUGUAUCGACGACCUUGCCCAAGAGUUAGCCUUGAUCUGCUCUAACACAUUUGAUCUGUCUUAUUCCAUCCUCGAUUGUUCUUCAGCAACUUCCAUCGAGGAUAUCCACAAUGAGGUCCUCACGGCGGAUGCCCGCAAGGGCCAAGAGCGCCCGUCGUAUUUCAAAUUGAAGAGUGGAUCUUCCAGUAACGUCUCGACAUAUAUGACUCCAAGGGAGCGGGAGCACAGCAGGUCCCCGGCCCCGAGGAGUGCGGCCCCGAGGAGUGCCAUUGAUGAAAUCAAUGUGGUGAACAUCAUCAUUGCCAAAAAUCUCAACCUGACUGAUGAUGACGUACAAGUCCAAGCUUUACAGUUGAUGCGGACCCGGAAAUUAGCCACGGAGUGUGGGAUGUUGAACGCACCCACAGAAUUUCUUUUCAUACCACUCUUGGUGCGAGAAACUGAUCAACUCGAGCCGCCGCUGAAGACGCAUCUUAAUGAGCAUCUUUUCAUAUCUCAUUUCCAUAGUCCUGAGGAUGGCUACACGUAUCUCGAGGCAGAUGAUUGGCUAUCCGAUGGUCAGAUGUCGGCAUCAUCUGUAAUUCACACGCCGAAGCUCCCACAGAAAACGAGCGCGAGGGUCAGUACAACGAUGAUGGACAAACUUCGAGAAGCCAGCGAAUCGGUCACUACCAGUGCCGAAGUAGUUCGGUACAUCCAAGAUAUCGUGGUCUUCUUACGUCUGAGCCGCGCUGUGGGUGGCGGGAUAUCUGCUCGAGCGAACUUUCAGUUCGCCCGACUUGCAGAACUCCUUGCACCUCUACAUGGUAUAGACUACCUUACUCCGUCAAUCGUGGCACUUGCUGCGAGAAAGGUGUUCCGACACCGUAUUGUCGUCACUGCCCCUGGUGAUGAUCGAAGUCUGCAAUACGGGAGUGACUUAGCGGCUGUCUCCCAUGUCCUAGCAGAUGUAACGCCGGAUUCAAUUCUGGACGGCGUCUUGGCGCUGGAGCCUCCCAUCUGA